AUGAACUUUACGAGGCUUCUCUCCACAAUCAACUACAAGAAAAUACCUCCUUCCAUAUUUAGAUCAUACUCUACCAUGUCAAUUGAAAAGAAACUUCAAUCUGUGUUCUCCAAAGUGGACGAAUUAAAACCAGUUUUCAUCGAGAGAUUGGCCAAUGCUGUGGCUAUCCCAUCCGUCUCUGGUGAUGAAUCACUGAGAAAAGAGGUUUUUAAGAUGUCAGAAUUUCUUGUUAAGGAAUUGGAAUCUCUAGGAGCCUAUGACAUUCAGGUCAAACCCCUUGGGAAACAGCCUCCUCCUGUAACUGAUGAGAAUCUGGAAUUGCCACCCAUCGUCCUGGCCAGGGUUGGUAAGGAUGAAACCAAGAAGACGAUCAUGAUCUACGGACAUUAUGACGUUCAACCUGCUCUUAAAGACGAUGGUUGGGAUACUUACCCCUUCAAAUUAGUUGAAGUUAACGACAAAUUGUAUGGAAGAGGAUCUACUGACGAUAAAGGACCUGUUAUCGCUUGGUUGAACGUACUGCAAGCGCACAAAGAACUUUCAUUGGAAUUGCCUGUCAACAUUAUAUUCUGUUUUGAAGGUAUGGAGGAGAGUGGCUCGCUAGGUUUAGAGGAACUUGUUGGUAGGGAAGCUGAUAAAUACUUCAAAGGUGUUGACACAUGCUGUAUCUCUGACAAUUACUGGUUGGGUACCAAGAAACCCGUGUUGACUUAUGGUUUGAGAGGAUGCAACUAUUACCAGAUUAUUGUUUCGGGACCCGGUGCGGAUCUACAUUCUGGGAUCUUUGGUGGUGUGAUUCACGAGCCUAUGACGGAUUUGAUUAGGGUCAUGUCGCAAUUAGUAGAUGUCAAAGGAAAAAUCUUAAUUCCAGGAAUUGAUGAAAUGGUUGCUCCUGUAACUGAAACUGAGGAGAAACUGUACGAUGAUAUAGAAUUUGACGUAAAUGAGUUGAAUGCUGCUUCCGGAUCUAAUACCGCUAUCUACCAAAGUAAGAACGACAUUCUUAUGCAUAGAUGGAGAUAUCCAUCUUUGUCCUUACAUGGAAUAGAAGGGGCAUUUUCCGGUGGAGGGGCCAAGACUGUCAUCCCUGCUAAGGUCAUUGGAAAGUUUUCCAUUAGAACAGUUCCAGAUAUCGACAGUAAGAAGAUGGAUCAGUAUGUCUUUGAUUAUGUCAAUGCCAAGUUUAAAGAAUUGGGGACUCCAAAUUCUUACAAAGUUGAGUUAAUUCACGAUGGUGCUUAUUGGAAAAGUGAUCCAUUCAACGACUCUUUCACCGCUGCUAAGAAGGCCACCAAGGUCGUAUGGGGAGUUGAGCCUGAUCUGACUAGAGAGGGAGGUUCAAUUCCAAUCACUUUAACCUUUGAACAACAGCUCAAGACCAAUGUAUUGCUAUUGCCUUUGGGUAAAGGUGAUGAUGGAGCUCAUUCUAUCAAUGAGAAGAUUGAUGUAAAGAACUACAUUGAAGGUGCCAAAACUAUGGCAGCUUAUCUACACUACUAUGGUGAGAUAUAA